UUUGAAUUGUCUUUGGCUGCAGGAUGACACAGCCAUGUAUUCACAUGCAGCCUGCAUUGGUGUGAUGGUGUUUCUACUCUUCUGUCCAGGUGCUUCUGGAGUGCCUGUCUGGAGGGUCGACUUUACCACUGAAGGAAAAUGUGUCCCUCUGGGUUCAUCAGUAGAUAUAGGAUGCUCCUACACAUAUCCCAGUGAUAACAAAGUUGAAACAACUCUCUGGUUGAUACAAGACACAUUAGUGGAUUUCAGCAGCGCUCCUCAUCAGGGACGUCUGAUGUAUCUGGGUGAUAAUCAUAACAACUGCACCCUGAGAAUAACAGAUGUGAGACACAGUGAUGCUGGAGAAUAUAAGUUCAGAUUUAUUACUAAUACACCAGUUGGGAAAUGGACUUCUAAAUCAGCCUUUACUCUCUCUGUUGCAGCUCUGCAGGUAGCUAUGAGUCCUGCCUGGGUGACAAAGGGACAGACAUUGACACUGACCUGCAGCACCACCUGCCCUCUGAGUACCAACCCCACCUUCACCUGGUCCAAACCUCUUUCCAGCCAACCUAUUAUCAGGGGCAACACCCUGACUCUGACCUCAGUGAGUGAGAUAGAUGCAGGCAGUUACUCCUGUGCUAUAAAAGGACUUGAGGAUCAUCCCUCUUAUUCAGUGUGUGUUCUGGGUUGCUGGAGUGUGACCUAUAAUACUCCUCAGAGUAUCUGUGCUGUGGAGGGGUCAUCAGUGGACAUGAGCUGCUCCUACUCGUAUCCAAAUAAUGUGACAGUGACUAAAACUUUCUGGCAUAAACAAGGGUCUGUGGAGGAUUUAAAGAAUACGGGGGCAUAUAAGAAUCGUGUCACAUAUCUUGGGAACACCAGGAAUGAGUGUGGACUGAAAAUAGAAAGUGUGAGAGAGAGUGACUCAGGAGAAUAUCAGUUCCAGUUUAUAACAAAUGAUCCCAGAGGAAACAUGUCUGGAAGUCCUGGUGUUACUCUUUUGGUUUCAUCUCUGCAGGUCAUGAUGAGUUCUGCUGCAGUAACAGAAGGAGGAACUGUAUCCCUGACCUGCAACUCCACCUGUCCUGCAAACAACAUCACCUACACCUGGUUCCAGAACAGAGCACCUCUUACCCAACACACAUCCAGAGAUCUGAUCCUAGACCCAGUCAACAGUGAUGAUGCAGGCAAUUACUCCUGUGCUGAAGGAAAUGAAAAAUACCCCUCACCUGAAGUGACCCUCAGUGUCCAGUCUGGUGCAACACCACUGAAUAGAUUUCUUCUCAUAGCGGUGGGAGUUGUACUGGCUGUGACUUUUACCAUGGUGACUGGGAUUGUUUGUUUUAGAAGGAAGAGGAAGACAUCCACGGAGGGCACAGGAAGACAGACAUCAGAUGACAGAGGGAUGAGCAUGCAGAGAGAAGGAAUGCAGGACACUGAGCAGCAGGGAGACUCCAGUCUCGUCUACAACGUCUCUGCAGUGACCAGGACCUCUGACCAACAACACAGAGUGGACUCAGUAGAUCAAGAUGACGUAGCCUACGCCAGUGUCCAGUUCAAGACCAAAAACAAGGAUGGCGUCCCGGACUCUACAGCUGGGGAGGAGGCUUCAGUGAACGUCCUUAGUCCCUCUAGUGGUGCCACUUUGAAUUGUCUUUGGCUGCAGGAUGACACAGCCAUGUAUUCACAUGCAGCCUGCAUUGGUGUGAUGGUGUUUCUACUCUUCUGUCCAGGUGCUUCUGGAGUGCCUGUCUGGAGGGUCGACUUUACCACUGAAGGAAAAUGUGUCCCUCUGGGUUCAUCAGUAGAUAUAGGAUGCUCCUACACAUAUCCCAGUGAUAACAAAGUUGAAACAACUCUCUGGUUGAUACAAGACACAUUAGUGGAUUUCAGCAGCGCUCCUCAUCAGGGACGUCUGAUGUAUCUGGGUGAUAAUCAUAACAACUGCACCCUGAGAAUAACAGAUGUGAGACACAGUGAUGCUGGAGAAUAUAAGUUCAGAUUUAUUACUAAUACACCAGUUGGGAAAUGGACUUCUAAAUCAGCCUUUACUCUCUCUGUUGCAGCUCUGCAGGUAGCUAUGAGUCCUGCCUGGGUGACAAAGGGACAGACAUUGACACUGACCUGCAGCACCACCUGCCCUCUGAGUACCAACCCCACUUUCACCUGGUCCAAACCUCUUUCCAGCCAACCUAUUAUCAGGGGCAACACCCUGACUCUGACCUCAGUGAGUGAGAUAGAUGCAGGCAGUUACUCCUGUGCUAUAAAAGGACUUGAGGAUCAUCCCUCUUAUUCAGUGUGUGUUCUGGGUUGCUGGAGUGUGACCUAUAAUACUCCUCAGAGUAUCUGUGCUGUGGAGGGGUCAUCAGUGGACAUGAGCUGCUCCUACUCGUAUCCAAAUAAUGUGACAGUGACUAAAACUUUCUGGCAUAAACAAGGGUCUGUGGAGGAUUUAAAGAAUACGGGGGCAUAUAAGAAUCGUGUCACAUAUCUUGGGAACACCAGGAAUGAGUGUGGACUGAAAAUAGAAAGUGUGAGAGAGAGUGACUCAGGAGAAUAUCAGUUCCAGUUUAUAACAAAUGAUCCCAGAGGAAACAUGUCUGGAAGUCCUGGUGUUACUCUUUUGGUUUCAUCUCUGCAGGUCAUGAUGAGUUCUGCUGCAGUAACAGAAGGAGGAACUGUAUCCCUGACCUGCAACUCCACCUGUCCUGCAAACAACAUCACCUACACCUGGUUCCAGAACAGAGCACCUCUUACCCAACACACAUCCAGAGAUCUGAUCCUAGACCCAGUCAACAGUGAUGAUGCAGGCAAUUACUCCUGUGCUGAAGGAAAUGAAAAAUACCCCUCACCUGAAGUGACCCUCAGUGUCCAGUCUGGUGCAACACCACUGAAUAGAUUUCUUCUCAUAGCGGUGGGAGUUGUACUGGCUGUGACUUUUACCAUGGUGACUGGGAUUGUUUGUUUUAGAAGGAAGAGGAAGACAUCCACGGAGGGCACAGGAAGACAGACAUCAGAUGACAGAGGGAUGAGCAUGCAGAGAGAAGGAAUGCAGGACACUGAGCAGCAGGGAGACUCCAGUCUCGUCUACAACGUCUCUGCAGUGACCAGGACCUCUGACCAACAACACAGAGUGGACUCAGUAGAUCAAGAUGACGUAGCCUACGCCAGUGUCCAGUUCAAGACCAAAAACAAGGAUGGCGUCCCGGACUCUACAGCUGGGGAGGAGGCUUCAGUGAACGUCCUUAGUCCCUCUAGUGGUGCCAGUAUAGGAGGAUGCUGUGAUCUACAGCACCGUAAACAAACCCAGACGCUGAACACAAAGGACCACAGUCAGUGCCUGAUGACCUCAUUAGUGACCUGACCAUCUGUGCAUCUGCAGUGCCAACACAGGGCCAACCUGCAGCUAUAGAACUAGAAGGAAUAUUUCAUGUAUAACAUUGCAUGCAUUCAUGAGUUUGGAUGAACGGGUGAAUAGGGAUCAUUAUUUUUAGCUGUUUGCAUUAGAUUUGAUGUACUUGCAAUCCUUUAUGUUGCCUUUUGUAUUCAGUUGCCAUGUAAAUACAGUGAAUUCAAUAUGAUGUAUGUAACAGUGCGUUAUAUAUUGUGGAAAUUAUUGUAAUAUUGUUAUUGUAUUUAAUGAUCAUGUUUUCUUCUAUCUUUUCAGUAAUAUUCAGAUAUUGCAAAUGUACUUCAGUGUGUGUAAUAGACAUUUAUUGAAUACAUGCAAUAUUAUUUCAUAUGUUUUCUUUGUGCUUAUAUUUGUGUAGUGUAUGGAGAUACUGACACAAUCAAAAUGUGUUUUAAUUUUGUAUUAACAUAUAUGUUUUAUAUUAGAUUUCAUGUGAUGUAAUGAUUGGCUAUGGAAAUUGUGUAAACUCCAGAAGUGUUGUGAAGAGUGAUGCUGUGAAGAGUGAAGUUUGGUGAAUCAUAAGUGAUGUAUGUUACCUUGGUUAGCUAAUUAA